AUGGCUCCUUCAACACAAUUCGAACUCCCCCAACCCCCCACCGACGCCGUCUCCUCCCUCGUCUUCUCCCCCGACUCCUCCCACCGCCUCCUCGUCUCCUCCUGGGACAAGCACGUCUACCUCUACCAACUCACCGAAGGCGAAGGCGACAACGCCAAUCUUCUCAACAAAUACGAGCACCGCGCCCCCGUCCUAGACGUCUGCUUCGGCGAUGCCUCCAACAAUGAAGCCUACACCGCAGGCAUGGACCGACAAGUCAAGAAGAUCGACCUCACCUCUGGCGAGCAGACCGUCCUGUCGAAACACUCCGAGCCUGUCCGCUGCGUAGUUUACUCUUCCGCGCACAACCUCCUCGUCUCCGCUAGCUGGGACAACACCCUCCACGUCCACAAGCUUUCCGACCCGGGGUCGGACCCGUUGGUCAUCCCCCUUCCCGGGAAACCUCACGCCUUGUCAUCGUCCCCGACGAAGUUGGUGGUGGCUAUGACGGCGAGGUUGGUGCAUAUUUAUGAUUUGCCCACCUUGGCGGCUGCCACCAGUCCUCCCGCCCCAUGGCAGACGAGGGAGUCGUCGCUCAAGUUUUUGACGCGCGCGGUGGCGUGCAUGCCCAAUGAUGCUGGGUAUGCUACUUCCUCGAUUGAGGGGAGGGUGGCGGUGGAGUGGUUCGAGGACACGCUCGAAUCGCAGGCGAGGAAAUACGCGUUCAAGUGCCACCGGCAGGCCGCCCCGGAAGAAGAAGGUGGUGGGGAUAUUGUUUAUCCUGUCAACGCCCUCGCUUUCCACCCGGUAUACGGCACUUUUGCCUCUGGUGGUGGUGAUGGGACGGUCGCGCUUUGGGAUGCCGAGGCCAAGAGGAGGAUGAGGCAGUAUCAAAAGUUCCCCGAGGCGGUGGCGAGCUUGGGGUUCAGUGGGGAUGGGAAGUACCUCGCUAUUGGGGUUUGCCCUGGGUUUGAGACGGGGAUGGAGGAUUAUACCGGGCAGGGGAGGACAAGGGUGUUUGUGAGGGAGCUGGGGGAGACGGAGGCUAAGGGAAAGGGGACCAAAUAA